AUGUCUAAGAGACCCAGUGAAUCAGAAUCAUUACAACAAGGAGUGAAACGGCAAAGCAUCCAAGUACCCUUAACAGAGUACGAUGCUGCAGCAACAGAGACUUGGGUGACGUGUGGUAAUUGUGCCAAUACUUUAGGUCUAGUAGUUCUUGCAACCAAAUCAUUUGAAAAUGCCGUUAAUCGUGAUCCAUCAAACCCAAGAGCAUUAUGUGGGUUAAGUUACUCACUUCGUUUAAAUGAUAUUAGUAUGAACGAGACCGUUGGAUCUCAAUCAGCAAUCGAGAAAUUAAAUGCAUCGAUUGAAGCUUUCCCCCAAUUAUUGAAAGAAGCAUCCAUAUUCAAAGAAUUAGCCGAAUGCUAUUUAUUAAUUGGAUUGAACGACCAGGCACAUCAAGCUAUUCAAACAGCAAUACAAUUAACUCCACAAGACGCAUCAUUAUGGUUGUUGAGUGCACAGACAUUGAUAAGAGCUGGCGCAAGAAGUCAUGCAACAGGUUCAUUAACUCAUUGUUUAUCUAUUUUACCCGACUCAAUAAAGAAUUUUUCUACUACCGACAUUGAAACAGCAAGAGCUGCCCAUGCCGAAUUAGCAGCAAUAGCUGCAGCUGACGGAAAUAUCGAAGUAUCGAUUGCAGAAUUGACUGCGACAUUGUCACUACCACCACCUCCAUUAGCAAGAUUAGACGAACAUAUCGCAUUAUGGUGUGCAUUAGCAACGGCUAAAGAAAGAGCAAAUGACAUAGCAGGAGCAAUCAGAGCCUGUGAGGAUGCCGAAAUUGGAGUAGGGACAUCAGCAAGAAUUUUGAUGACUCAUGCUUAUUUGUUAUUAUUACACACAGAAGAAGGAAGAAAGAGUGCCGAAUUCACAAUACAAUUACUAAGUAAGAUUAUCGAUUUAGAUUCAGAAAAGGAAUUAAAUCAAAAUACUGCUUCCGAUACAGGUGAUUUCUUGCCUUGGUACCUUCUCGGUAGAGCUUAUUCAUUUAUUGAUCAACCUAGAUUGGCUUAUGAUUCAUAUCAAGUAGCAUUACGUCGUGCUUCAAACUCCCCAAUCACUUGGUUAGCAGUUGGUAAGUUAUACUUGGAAUUAAAACAAUUACCAGAUGCAUUAGCUGCAUAUUCCCAAGCAUUAAGGUUGCAAAUGGAUGAUGGAUCACAAGGAACUGCAACUGCUUGGGAUGGAUUAAGUUGUGUAUAUGAACGUUGUGAUGAUCAUUUAGAGGAUGCAUCUGAUGCAUGCUCUAGAGCAGCUGCAUGUUUCAAAGUUAUCGGUGACUUAAAAAAUGCAAGUAUUUUUGAAGCUAGAGCCGAAGCAUUGGCAAAGGCAUUUAGAAAAGAGGGUCCAGUUCCUGAUUUGAGAGAUCCUCCUGAUGUACCAGGAUUUUUAUUACGUGAUCUAGUCGCUCUUUCACCAAAUGAAAGAAUGUCCUACAUACAGAGCCAACAACAACAGCAACAACAACAACAACAACAGCAGCAGCAACAACAACAGCAAGAGCAACAAGAACAACAAAGACAAGAACAACGACAACAGCAACAAUUAAAACAACAAAGAGAAGCAGAGCAACAACAGACAACCCCAUUACCUAUUCAAAGACAACCAUUACAGGGAAGUCCACAAGGGCCCCUUGUCCAUCAAACACAACAAGAAAUGCCAAUGCACCAUUAUCAACAAGGUCCUCCACCACCUGGGUCACAACCUCAACAAAACGGUACACAUUACUUUUAUCCAAUUCCAGCAGGAAAAUCACCACGACUGGCCCAAAUGAUACCUCAAUUACCAGCACCACAACAAAUGCAACAACAAGCUUGGUCUCCUGCGGGUCAACAACAACCACAAUAUUUCUAUCAAGCCCCACCUCAAGUGGGAGGACCAUUGCCACCACCUACACCCCAAAUGGGGCCAAAUGGUGGUCCACAUCGUUCUCCAUUAGCUCAUCCACAAAUGAUCCCAGGAGGUGGCCCAUAUCCUAUGACUCAAGGAGUUCCAGGUGCAGUAGGUGGAUAUCCGUAUGCUCAAUAUGUUCCUAUACCAGGUGGAGUUGUACCAGAACAAUAUAUGUCUCAAGUCAAUAAUUGGCAGAGAUAG